AUGUCGAUGAGAGAGGAUGCUUUACUUGCGAAGGGUGUGGCGGAUCGCCGUCCGUCGGGGCCAGCUCAGGCGACUGAGUUGAUCCCGGUGGCGGCCCCAUCCGGCCCCCCACUUAUGACGAACCGGCUUUCGACAACUGACGCUGACGGGUUUGACUCAUCGGAUUUUGACGCGCACCCUCGUGAUCGAGUGUUCAUUCUCAUGAACAAACUCGCCCACGGGGGCCCCUACCCUGGUCGAGAGGACGACGAGGCGGCUAUUCUCGCCUUCUGCAACAUUCAGAAGGCUGCCGCUCUACCGCACACGAGGCAGCAUGUGUCGGGUGUGCCACCGAGAGCCCCGCCGGUCGCAUCGCACGAUUUUGCGGUCCCGGCGGUGGCGGCCUCGGCGGGAGUUGCGCCGCUGGCCUCGACCACUGAAGAGGUCGAUGUGCCCCCGGUUGCCCCCCUGGCCCCGGAGACACGAGAAGAGCCCGUGGCUGCGCUAGCUGCAGCUACCGAGAUGGCGGACAUGGACCUGCCCGACGCAAAUCUGGCUGAGGCGAUUGCCGAGUCGGAGCGCCGUGACACCGACCUUGACGCUCCCCGCGCGCCCAGAAAGCGGCGGGCUGUGACGCAUGACGACUCUGACACUCCCUCUCAGACAUCUGAAGGAGCGAGGCCGCGGAAGAAGGCCACCAGGGCCUCCCGCACCUCCACCACCGAGUCUGGGCUGACUCUCGCGGGCUCCUCCCGGAGCACCGCCGCGCAGAAAUCGACGAAGACCACGCGGCGGCCCACUCGUUCACCUGCUGCUUCCCGACAGCCGGACGAGGAUGGUUUUGUCGCCCCGCCCCGGCGGCACACUGCCAGGGCCGCUGCGCUGCAGCUACCGACCCCGCUGCCGACCGCCAACACGUUUGCGGGCGUCAGCGACGAUGCGAUGGAGGAUGGCGCCGCGCCUCCGGCGCCGGCCCAAAAGAAGCCGCCGCCUAUAGUCAUCCAGUGGGCUGGCGAAUACAAGGAGUUCCAGCAAAAACUGGACAGGGUGGCCACGUCCGCCACUGUCAAGAACGCUGGCCGUGACCUUUACAAGGUCACAGUGUCGACCAACGAGGAGUACCGCGCGGUGAUGGACGCCAUCUGCAAAGAUGGCCUCCCCUUUGCUGCCGCCACCAAGGGAGGACCAGCUUCCGCCACCCGAAGUUCGGCGCAGGUGGAGCGUGAGCCGCGGCCACCGACCGCGCCGUCCACGGCUUCGCCCGUGGGGGUGGCAGCCCCCGCGACCACGCAGGGCGCGCGGGCUGCCGCCCCGCGCAGGCGUCGCCGGCGUGCGGGCCGGGCCACCCCUGCCGCUGCACGACGGACUGUCGAAGACACUCUGCCGCCGCAGAGGACGACGCCUCGUGCUGCGCCGCGACCGGCUGCCGAUGCUCCGCGGCAGUCGCCUAGUACGGAGCAGCCGCCACCGGCCGCCCCAGUGGCGGAGGCCGCCCCAGCGGCCCCCACCGCCCCCAUGGCCACCGACACUGCGCUGUCUGCUCCGCUGCCAGAUUCUGACGAUGAGUGCACUGCCGCCCCUCGGCCACGCGGACGCAGCGGGAAACAGAAGAGGAGGGCACCAGCUGCGACGGCUGCUGCUCGCAGCUCGCCGAUUGAGAAGAGGGCCAAGCAAGACUUCGCCCCUGACGCUGACGGUUUCGUCCCGGCCCGGCGCACUGCAAGACGCAUGCUGUCAUCGACGACGCCACCAACUGUCGUCGCCAACUCCUUCGAUGCGCUCGAGGACGCGCCGGACCCGCCGCCGAGCAAUCCUGCGCCGAAGACAGACUCCCAUCUUCCGCCGGUGGUUCUUCAGUUUCGGCCGCCCUAUGGAGAACUGCAGAAGCUGUUGCGCAGCUGGACGACGGCCGUGUACACCGUGAAGCCUGCGGGGCGAGACCUAUACAGGGUCACACUCCGCACUGCUGAUGACUAUCGCCGGGUCACCCAGGAGGCGUCUGAGCGUGGAAGUGCGUGCCCCCGUCCGCCCUCCGAGAAGCCUACAUGUGCACUCUGUGGCGGUGCUCAUGUGGCCAGUUAUCGUGGGUGUGAGGUAUGGAAGCGUGCCAUUGCUCGCCAGCGUGGCCAAACACCAGCGCCACAUCAGAAGAAGCUCGCAACGAGACGGCCAGGCGUCUCUUUCGCGGCGGCAACGUCAGGGACGCCCUCCGCCGCCCCGGCUACGUCGGUUCCUGCUCCCGCCGCAUCCGAGGCCGUACCGACACCGGAGGCUCCUGCGCCUCCACCACCGCCGCCAGUGGCGGUACCGGGUACUGCCUCUCCCGGGCCGUCGGCCGGACCGCGCCCCACCAACCGCCGGCGCGGGGGUCACCGCCCAGUGGGUACCCAACGCUCAGCACCGUCCGUCGAGCAGCCCCAGGUGGACUCUCACAGCGAAGCAGCCACGCCCCCCCUUUCCUGCGCCGGGGCCGCGCCGGCUGUCUCCACCGCUGACCUGGCCAACCUCGUCGCGCAGCUCACAGCCCUGGUGACCAGUGCUACGAAGUUGAUUGAAGUCCUGUCGCAGCAACUCACCGCUGCAGUGCCGAUGGCCUCUCCGGCCCCAACCGCUGCCAACACUCAACAGCCGCACCAUGGCCAGCGUUAG